GAGAAAAUAUGUCACAUAUGUUGUGAUCUUAAGUAUGGCAUUUAUUUUAAGUCUUUCUGGGCAAGAUACAGAAAAGAAAAUCCACUACGGUAAGAGAAUAUUGGAUGCAUUAAUUGACAUCGUUCAGGGAGUCAGUUUUAUAGAGUGUACAGAAGAAUGUAUAAGUAGAAGAAGAUGUUUGUCUGUGAAUUACUGGAGAAGUAUACUGUUAUGUGAGAUGAACAGUGUGGACACAUCCGAUUCGUCACAUGUACUCUCAGAUGAACCCAGAACAGUGUUUGCUGACAUCUCAUUAUUGGAACAGCACUUCGUUGGAGGUUGCAAAAAUCACAACUGUGCAAUCAAUAUGAAGUGUGUACCUGGUCCUUUUGGUGCACACAGGUGUGAAAUUGCAGAUUGUGGACUUCUUCCUAGCUGGAAAAAUGCAAAGGAAAUACAAUCAAAGGGACAGUUUCUAAUAAUUGGAGUUGGUUCCCUUAGGAUAUUCCAAUGCUACCCCUGGACUCAUGAGAAAAAAUAUAGACAAAAAGUUAUAUGUCAAUCAGACGGAAAUUGGACACAUUAUCAAAAUACCCCUUGCAAUUUGGUCACCUGUGCUACGGAAGUGACGUCGGUAGAGACUCUGGAUAUUGAUAAUAAAGAAAUUGACGUACCAUAUGUUUACUCAGAGGGACACAAAUGGGCGGUGAUACAAAGAAGGUGUUUUGAUAACACAAACUUUUAUAGAGGUUGGUCCGACUACAAGGCUGGUUUCGGUAACUUCAAAGAAAAAUCAGAUUUUUGGAUUGGAAAUGACGUAAUACACAUGUUGUCGAAAAAUGGUUACAAUUAUAUGAGAGUAGAGAUGCUGAAGACAGACAACGGCGGAAUAUAG